UAUCUUCUCAUUUUUCUCUCUCUACUCUUCUUCACCAUUUGCUGCAUGAAACAAAUGGUCAUGUUGAAACCCAUUUCACGAAAACUGUCUUCGACAUGGUUAUCAGGGCCCAGUCCCAUUCUAGAAUGCCUAAAGCUGCACUCCAUAAUUUUAAUGAAUUGAUUGGUAGCAAUCUCUUGCCAACUCGAACUUGUAGCAAUAUUCUUUUGAAUUCUUUGGUGAAAUUUGAUUGCUUUGCUGAGGCCUGUACUGUAUUUAAUCAAAUUAAAGAAAAGAUUGGUGUUGAUAUUUACAGUUUUGGUAUUAUGAUCCGGGGUUUCUGCAAAAAUGCUGAUUUGGGCAGAGCUAUGGUUCUGUUUUCAGAGUUAAAAGAGCAUAAUUUAAUACCUAAUGUUGUUGUUUAUGCAACUCUUAUUGAUGGGUUUUGUAAGAUUGGUGAUAUAAAGGGGGCUGAGAGAUUGUAUCAUGAGAUGGAGGAGAGGAAUUUAACCCCCAAUGAAUAUAUUUAUACUUCUAUGAUUCAUGGGUUCUUCAAAAAGGGGCUAAUGAAGCAGGGUUCUGCACUCUUUAUGGAGAUGAAGAGACAUGGGGUUCUCCCAAAUGUGUUCACUUACAAUUGUCUGAUUGAUUCUCGCUGCAAAACUGGUAAUAUAUCUAGAGCUUUUGAUUUGCUUAGAGAGAUGAGAGAGAAAGGGGUAGUUCCAAAUAUUAUCACAUAUGACAUACUUAUAAAUGGCCUGUGUCAAGAAGGUAGAUUGAUGGAAGCCGAGAAAGUGGUAAAAAGAAUUAAGAAAGCUGGUUUGAAACACACGUCUUUUACUUUUAAUUCUCUUAUCGCGGGGUUUUGCAAAGAGGGUAGGCUGGAAAGGGCUCAGAGGUUCUUGGACCGUAUGAAAUCUAGAGGUCCUUCCCCAGAUUUGGUGACUUAUAAUAUUAUUGUUUCUGGUUUUGGUAGAGCUGGAAAACUAGUAGAAGCAGCUAACUUUGUUCAAGAAAUGCAGGCUAGAGGCCUCGCUCCUGAUAAAUUUACAUUCACAUCACUAAUAGAUGCAUCAUGUAGGGUGAACAACAUGGAGAAAGCUUUUGAAUUGCAUGGCUUAAUGGAGAAGGCUGGAUUUGUGGCAGAUUUGUACACUUAUAGUGUACUGAUACAUGGUUUGUGCAUGAAAGGCAACAUGAAGGAUGCAAGGAAACUAUUUGGAUCCAUGCAUGAGAUAAAACUGAAGCCCAAUGAUGUGAUUUAUAAUACCUUGAUCAAUGGUUAUUGCAAAGAAGACAACGCCUAUAGAGCUCUGAAGUUGCUCAAGGACAUGAGGCACAGUGGCAUGGUUCCCAACAUUGCAAGUUUUAGCCUGACCAUUAAUGUUCUUUGUAAGGAAGGGAAAUGGCAAGAGGCUAGUGCCUUAUUGGAUGAAAUGUUAAAACUGGGUUUGAGACCUUGUGAUGUGAUUUAUGAUACUUUAUCUAAGGCAAGAUUAAGUGGUACAUAGUUUUUGUUUUUCAUAGCUCACAUACUAUCCAUGAAUUAUUGUGCAAAUUGGGUUGACCGAUGCAGUCUAUUUUGUCCAACCUUAUUCAGAUAUGGCUGAAUCAGUGAAAAGAUAUUCAGAAUUCCGUUUAAAUCAUAAUUGAAUAACAAUUGAAGUGAAGAAACUCGUAAUUUAUGGUUAACAGGAGCCCCCUUAGUCAGUAACAUUCAAAUGCUUUCUUUUCGUAGGCAACUUGCAAGUUGGAGUCUGUACAGUGUUGAAUCCACAUCGCUAUCUGUCUACUCAGUACGGGACUUGGGUCCUUCACACAUC